AUGCAAAUGUUACAUGAAAAUAUUAAGGAAAUCUAUUUCAGCGUUGUGUUACACAUCAAAAAAGCACGUUUACUAAUUUACAUGUUUGAGGAAUUGGGACUUGAAAAUAGGCUCCCUAUUUCAUUCAAAGAUAUUAAAAAAAGAGCGGAUAAUAGUACUGAUGGUGGUGAGUUUACUCAAUGUGCGGGCAGCUUCCCCAUCACGUAUACUGACAAUAAAGUAACUUACACUCCAAAAAUCUGGGAACCUGGAAAUACCAUCACUGAGCAUUUCGAAGGAACGAGCAAUGCUACAAUUGUAAAUGGAACAAUAGUAGCUUGGAACCUCUACACGACCAGCAAAGAUUUUGUGUUUUCAUUUAUAGCUGACUAUUGCACACUUCUCGCUAACGAUGAUAAGCCAUGUCCAGUUCCACCAGGUCCCUUUGACAAAACAGUAAAAUGGAAACUUAAUGAUGAUCCCGAUCAUCAACCUAAAGGCGAAACUAUUGAAUAUUACUUCAAUUCGACACUUGUCGACCCGUCUCAAACUAUUUUGUCGUGUUUAGAAGGCACAAUCACCAUAAAAUACCCUUAA